AUGAGUCUACAUGUCUAUACUGGCAAAGCCAUUGCUCUUAUAGGCAGUCUCUUUUUAUGCCACGCUGCUUUUUCUACCUAUGAACACCUUGCGUAUUUGAAAGCCACGGAUCAUAUUGAAUCUAGCCUUCCUUUAGAAAUUGUGGUGGAAUGUCUUUGUUCAGCGCUUAUUGCUUUGGUUGGUGUCAUCCUGUCCACAGACCCUUUCAAGAAUAUCUUGAUGGAAAAUGAAAUUGUGAAAAUGACCAUUGAUAAAAUAGAUACCCGACCAUCCUUCAUCACCUUUCAUCAUCGAAAAGUGGUCUCUACCAUGGCUCAAUUACAAAGAAAACUUUGAUAUAUGAUGGACUUUUUUUUUAG